GGAGGCGGCUGUGGGGCAGCGAGCGCUGGGCUCCGGCCCGGCAGCAGGAAGUGACUCGCAGCCGCUGCGGUGACUCUGGCUCCCAGGCUCCUGGCGAGAUCCCCGAGCCCCGGCGGCUGGUGCUGGGAGCCCGGAGCCCUGGCUGCAGCCGGGAGAGGGGAAUCUCCAGCAGGGCCCUUCCCGCUGCUCCCCAGGAGCCUCUCCCAGGGCAGAGCCCCCAGCCCGGCCCGGCCCCUGUCCCGGGGGGCCCCGCUCGGAGGGAAGAUGCCGGUGACCUUCGAGGAGGUGGCUGUGUAUUUCACCCAGGGGCAGGGGGCUCUGCUGGACCCCGCUCAGAGAGCCCUCUACAGGGAUGUCAUGCAGGAGAACUACAAGAUGGUGAUCUGUCUGGCUAAUACAACCGAAUAAUGAAGUGAGAAAUGAAACCAGUUUAGCCGCUUCAGAAGAAAAUAGCACUGAUGCCAGAGAGCGACCAGACUUGGCCUGUGUAGUGUGAAGCUGGACCUGAAAUCUAAAGGCCCAUGAACAACAUCGGAAGAGAAAUUAUGUGAGGAGGGGACAACGUCUCCCUAUUGCUAAGAUGCUGAGGUUGGGCACAGACUGAGGAAUCACGUCCACAAGUCGCUCCAGAUUGUCCCAUCUUCCAGGGGACAGGGAAGGGAAAUGGCUGUGAUGGAGCCACCUAAGAUGUCGGUGAGCUUCGAGGAGGUGGCUGUGUAUUUCACCCAGGGGCAGGGGGCUCUGCUGGACCCCACUCAGAGAGCCCUCUACAGGGACGUCAUGCAGGAGAACUAUGAGAUGGUGACCUCGCUGAGAUUCCCCGUUCCCAAACCUGACCUGAUUGCCCGGCUGGAACGUGGGGAAGAGCCGUGGGUCCCGGAUCUCCAGGACUCCAAGGAAAGGGAGAGCCUGAGAGGCAGCCGCACAGUACAGGCAGUGACUCCUGUCUGGAUUCUCUGUCUCCCAGCAGGUGAUAGGACAGCGAGUGAGAACAAGGAGAAUCAGCAGCAGGAAGGUCCUGAGAAAGUGGAACUGCAGGAGACAUUUCUGAGAAGAGCUGAAGGGAAUUUUUCCCAGGGCUUGGAACAGGGGAAUUCCUGGAAAGAUCGACACAGAUCAGAGAUGCAGCUGGGAAACUAUCCCAGGAAGAAACUGGAUGAAUCCACUCAACGUGGCAGAGGAUGGAAGGAUGCCAAGGAAGCCACAGUCCAGCAGACAAGUCACAAUGAAGAGAAACCCUACAAAUGCCUUGACUGUGGGAAAAGAUUCAGUUUCGGUGCAACCCUUCAUACACACAGGAGAACCCAGACAGAAGAGAAGUCCUGUGAAUGCUUGGAUGGUGGAAAAAGCGUCAAUAAGAAGUCAUGUCUUCUUAUACACCAGGGAGUGCACACAAAAGAGAGACCCUAUAGAUGUCUCAAGUGUGGAAAAUGUUUGGGAAAAAAUUCAUCCCUCAUCAAUCAUGGGCGAAUCCAUAUGGGAGAAAAACCCUAUAAAUGCCUUGAGUGUGGGAAAAGUUUCAUUCAGAGAUCAAAUCUUACUAAACAUCAGAAAACCCACAAGGGAGAGAAACCCCAUAAAUGCUUGAACUGUGGGAAAACUUUCAGUCAGCACUCAAGACUUAUUAAUCAUAGGAAAAUCCACACAGGAGAGAGACUGUAUAAAUGCCUUGAGUGUGCGAAAAGUUUUGUACAUAAUUCAUCGCUUACUGUACAUGGGAGAAUCCACACUGGAGAAAGACCCUAUAAAUGCCUUGAGUGUGGGAAAAGUUUUCUGCUAAACUCAUCCCUUACUAUCCAUAGGAGAAUCCACACUGGAGAAAGACCCUAUAAAUGCCUUGAGUGUGGGAAAAGUUUUAUGGCAAGUUCAUCCCUUACUAAACAUGGGAGAAUCCACACAGGAGAAAGACCCUUUAAGUGCCUUGAGUGUGGGAAAAGUUUCCACCACAAAACAACCUUUAAUACACAUCAGAAAACCCACACGGGAGAGAAACCCCAUAAAUGCUUGGACUGUGGGAAAACUUUCAGUCGGCGCUCUCACCUUUCUCGACAUGGUAGAAUCCACAUGAGGGAGAGACCUUAUAAAUGCGUUGAGUGUGGGAAAAGCUUCAGUAAGAGCUCAGAGCUCACCAAGCAUCAGAAAAUCCACAAGGGUAAGAGACCCUAGAAAUAGCCUGACUGCAGGAAAAGAUUAAAUUUGACUUCACACUUCAGUGAUCCACAAAACAGAGAGACCUUGAAUGUGGGAGAAGCUUCAUGUGGUGCUCCCGGAGUAUUAGGUAUCCGCAAAUCCGCAUAGGGAAGAAACCUCUGAGAUGUUCUCAGUGUGGAAAAUGCUCCAAGUGGAGUUAACGCCAUGUUGGACAUCAGAGACUCCUCCACACAGCAGGGGAGUUCUCUCAGGGCCCUCACUAGGGUAGGCCAUGGUGACAAACCCAUUUCCUCAUUCCCAUACACGUCAGGGGCAUUUGGCUCCCAUGCAUCGCUGGGGUGAGGACCUAGCAGCAGCUGAUCAGUGACCCUGUGGCUCUACCUGGUCUAAAAAAAGCCUCAGGCAGAGGAGGAGAAGCCCCAAUCAGCCCCUCCUCCCUCCUGCUGCAGCCCUGGCUGCUGAACUGAUGGGUCACAGGUGGGGGAAGGGAGAGAGAGAAACUCCUCCAGCUGCUCCCUCUGCCUGGCUGAAGUUCCCCCCUGUCCUUCCCCUCCCAGCCGGGAUCCCCGUGCCAUGAAGAUGAGGAGGAGGACAUUUGGGCCAGGCCCCACCUUCACACUAGACUCCUGUCCCCAUCCCCCAUCUUCCACCAGCCCCUGACCUGCAUCUGUUCCCUGCACUGGCCUGGGACUCCGGAGACCUAAGCUCUGUUCCCAGCUCUGCUAGCAGCUUGCGGGGUGACCAGAGACAAAUCUGUGCCUUCCAGAGAGGGAACAAAUAGGGAGUGAUAAUAUCAUCCUCCUUGUGUCUGUCUAGGGCAGGAAAAGUAGUUGGGAUUAGUUAGGGCGUCUCCUUUGUUCCUCUGCCCCUUUUUCUAGUCUGGACUGACCCUGAGCAGUUUAUUCCAAUCUCCUAUUAGCAGAGAGAUUGUUAGAGUCACUAAGUGCCCCUUUUGCGGUGAGAUUGUCUCAUUCCCAGAUACUCUCACAUUGCUCCAGGUUAUGAUGAAAAGCAUUUCAUUUGUUGUGGUUCUCCAUUAUGCACCAGCAUUCGAUAGAUUCUAAAGAAGCUGGAGCAGGGAUAGCAAAAGGAAGUGGUGUUUUAGUGCCUGUGGUGUUUGAGGGGGAAAGGGUGAUUCCGGGAGAUUCCCUCCUGCCCCAUCAGUCUCACACACCUUCUCUGACAGAGCAGCCUCUGCCCAAGCAGUGGAGAGUUUAUCCUCUUCCCAUUUCCCCCCUCCACCUUCUUGUGUGUCAUGUACCACAGUGUCCUUUGCCCACAGUGCUUAGGAAUCAGCCUUUGAUUCUCAAUGAGACCCCUGAGGGCUGGCAAAGAAAAUGUCACAUGAAUUCAAAUGAACCCCAAAGCACAGUUUGAGCUUCAAUCUCCAGCCUCCAUCUAUUGGUAAAGUGGCAUCUGGAGUUUGUCCAGCCAAAUCCAGAUCAUUUGCAGAUACAAAGCUUUGGGUUAGAUUUGUCUUGUUUUUCUCAUUCUUUUAUGAUGAUUGAUGAUGCUAAAACUUCUGUCAGUAACACAGCCAAGUAAUGCGGCGGUGCUGAGUAAAACAAGUUCAGCCUGUUCAGAAAGAAAUGGGUAAAUUUGUUCUCCAGAUUUUGAGUCUUAAAAUUUUCUGGGAUUUCACUUCGUGAAUUGGAAAGUGCCUUGUAACUCACCCUGCAUUGUGGGUGUUUCUCUUUUUGCUGACGGCUGUUCUGUGAUGUGUUUUGAUAUUGAAUUAUUCUGACUGGGAUGGAGCUCAGGUUGACUGUGGACUUCAAAAGACAAAUGAUUGUUUACCAAAGUAGGUUUUUCUAGUUCUCUUUUCAUGUUUCACUAGCCUUUGUCAUGAGAUUUUCUUCUUGGAACAAUGAAAAUGACCAGUGUGAGUGCUGGAUACACAUGCCGAGAGUCAGAGACUGAAAUGGGGAAGGAAGUUUCUGUCUGAUCCCUGCAGAGAUGUGAGAUACAGUCAGGAGGAGGUGGGUGGGCAGGGUCUUGAAAGGACACUGUUUGCUCUUGCGAGUCAGAGAGCUGAGGCUGAGAACUGUGAACUCACUGCACGUGUCCCAGAGAGAGGAAAUGUCCUACGAGUGCUGGAUGAAGUCACCCUUGAACUCUAAAGGGCUAUCAAUGAUGCCCGAAGAGGACUGAUAUGGAGAGGGCUCACCCUCUCCCCAUUGCUGAGAGGAGGAGGGAGGGCAAAUGCCUCUCUCACAGAUUGUGAGUGGUUUUCUACCAGCUUUUACUUGUUCCUCUUUCCCUGGGGGCCCUGUGUGGCUGGAGCAGGCAUGUGCUGGGAUGGGGCUAUGCCGAACUGGGCAUUGGAUGAG